GUUUUGCCAUCAGACCAUCUCUUGCUCAGCAGUAUGGCAGAAUCUUUGCGCAGGCUGUUUCAUCUCCCCACAAAGAGCACUUCAAAAACUGUUGAAGAGCGCGGCAAGUGGGGCAGCAAAAAGGAGUUCAUCCUAUCUGUGGCCGGUGCUAUUAUUGGACUUGGCAAUGUGUGGAGAUUUCCAUAUCUUUGCUACAAGAAUGGCGGAGGUGCAUUCUUCAUUCCUUACAUCCUGUUCCUUGUGACCUGUGGCAUACCUCUGUUUGUGCUGGAGACAGCACUGGGCCAGUACACCAGUCAGGGGGGGAUCAUGUGCUGGAGGAAGAUCUGCCCCCUGUUUGAAGGCAUGGGAUACACCAGCCAAAUGAUCAUUCUCUAUGGAGGCAUCAGCUACAUUGUGGUUUUAGCCUGGGCUUUUCUCUACUUGUUCUCUUCCUUCUCUGGAGAGUUGCCGUGGGCCACCUGUAAUAAUGCUUGGAACACAAAUCAUUGUGUGAUAAUAAACAACUACAAUGCCACUGUCAACUGGACAUCACCUGUGAAUUCAUCCUCUUCUGUUGUAGAGUUUUGGCAGCGACGGGUGUUGAAUAUAUCCACUGGCAUAGAGACCUUGGGAAGCAUACAGUGGGAACUUUCUCUGUGCCUUCUUCUUGCCUGGGUCAUCUGCUACUUUUGUGUCUGGAAGGGAGUGAGAUCCACAGGAAAGGCUACAUAUUUCACAGCCACAUUACCCUUCGUCACAUUAACUGUGCUGUUUAUCAGAGGAAUCACCCUUCCUGGAGCCUUCCAUGGGAUCAAAUAUUACUUGUAUCCCAAUCCUGCACGGCUCGCUGACCCUCAGGUCUGGAUGGAUGCUGGAACACAAAUAUUUUUUUCAUAUGCAAUAUGUUUGGGAUGCCUGACUACACUUGGAAGCUACAACAAGUACAAUAAUAACUGUUACAGAGACUCCUUCUAUCUUUGCUUGUUGAACAGUGGGACCAGCUUUGUACUGGGCUUUGCAAUUUUCUCAGUUCUGGGUUACAUGUCACAAAAGCAGGGUGUCGAUAUUGCUACAGUUGCUGAGUCAGGCCCAGGACUUGUCUUUAUAGUUUACCCACAAGCUGUGACCCUGCUUCCUUGGCCUCAGGUCUGGUCUGUGUGCUUCUUCACCAUGAUCAUUUUAUUAGGCAUUGACGGUCAGUUUAUAGGUCUUGAAAGCAUCAUGACCUCUUUAACAGAUGUCUUCCCAGCCCACAUUCGAAGAGGAUAUUACAGAGAGCUUUAUCUGAUGCUGAUCUGUGCUCUGUGCUAUAUGCUUGGCCUGUUAUUAGUAUCAGAGGCUGGCGCAUACAUUCUGCAGAUCUUUGAUCACUAUGUAUGCAGUGGGCCCACUCUUCUUCUGAUGGCAAUCUUGCAGUCAGUGAUUAUUGGAUGGAUUUAUGGAGCAGAACGCUUCUGUGACAACAUAGAGGACAUGAUUGGGUACAAACCUCUGUCACUUAUCAAGUACUGCUGGCUGUAUGCCACCCCUCUUAUUUGUGGUGGAACUCUUGUGUUUUUGCUGAUGAGUUACACACCAAUGAGGUUCAACAACACCUAUGUGUAUCCUUGGUGGGCUUUCUGGAUUGGAUGGUUCCUCGCCAUGUCAUCUCUUUCUAUGAUCCCAGUCACUAUGAUCUACAAACUGACCAAAGGAAGAGGGACUCUCUGGCAGCGUCUGAAGACCAGCUCCCAGCCAGCAAAUGACCUUCCAGUGAUGGCAAAGGAAAUGGCAUGUGUCACUGCAUGUCCGUGAUAAUGGAACAAAUGACCAUAUUUAAUAAAAUCUCAUCUUUAAGAACAGUUUCUUUUUUUUUAUUUCAAAAGUAUGUAGUGUAGCUUUUUUGCUCUACAGAUAUAUAUGGUGAGUCAUUUUUAGUAUACCAAUAUUUAUUUUAAGACAAGAAGACCAGCUUGAAGUAUCAAAUGUCUAAAAUAAGAGUUUUUUUUUAAUGUAAUUAUGUCAAGAAUCAAUACCAUCAUUGGCAUAUUCAGCUGAGCUAUAUGAGCUAU